AUGAGGAAACAGGAGUCAGGUGGGGAUAGAGGGCCGCCCCCCCAAGACCUGGGUCCCGACGAGGGCUCCUGCGCCGACGACAACCCCUGGGUGAGACUCAACUCUCAGUUAUAUCCUACGAACUCCCGUGACCUGACCUCCGUCAGCUCGUCCAUGGUGAGGGCAUCGUUCACGGAGUCCUACGCAGCCGCCGCUGCUGCCGCUGCGGGAGUCCUGCCGUCGACUGCUUCUGCCGCCGCCGCCGCCGCAGCCGCCGCAGCCGCGUAUCUUCACCCACAUCCGUAUCUGCACAAGCCUGAGGCGCAUUUUCUGUUUCCUGGUGCAGGACUGGGGUUCGGCAGCCUCUUCGGAGGGAGCGAGGGCGCCCUGAAGGCAUGUCGGCGACGGAAAGCGCGCACCGUGUUCAGCGACCACCAGCUCGGAGGCCUCGAGAAGAGAUUCGCGGCCCAGCGCUACCUGUCGACGCCCGAGCGCGUCGAGUUGGCCACAGCUCUUAACCUCUCGGAGACGCAGGUGAAGACGUGGUUCCAGAACCGUCGGAUGAAGCACAAGAAGCAACUCCGCAAGCACAACGACGACAAAGCGCCCGCCAGCAGCAACAGCAGCAACGACGGAGAGGUGCAGCAGCAGCAGCCGCACCUCCAGCAGCAGCAGAGUCACCAGCUUGGCCCGGUGUCUCCGCUUAACAGUGCGGCGUCCCCUUGCACCACAGCGGCCCGAGAGAGCGACAUGUCACACUCCGAUUUCGAGGACGAGAUCGACAUUGUGGGCGUCCCCGCUGACCUCCGCCACGCCCACUCGUCACAGACACACCAUUCACAAACCGCCCACUAG